CUCAGUGUGUCGUUGCCUUUGUGCUGGUGGUGAGGCGGUGCGUUAGGUCCUCUCCGACUCUUAGCGCACAAAGUUUCCCGCGGCAAUAGACCAAAAACCAGAAGAAAUCAUAACUGCCCAUUCAUACACUUACUGGCUUAUUUGAUUUAGAUUGGUGGCGAAGUGAAUAUUAAUCGUGGGUUUAUGGUAUCAAUUGCUUCCUAUUUUUAGACUCCCGAUGUUUUUAGCGAUGUGCAACCAAUGACUAUCCCUCCUUAGACACCUCGAUCCGUCCCGUGGCGUGCAGUGGUUCUGGUGGCUGAUAUCAGGAACAGACGGAGUGAAGAGACCUAUCGUAAACAGUUUAUAUUGGCGGUGGUGAACUGUUAAUGUACUCAGCCGAUCCGUUCCGUAGAGUGGAGUGGCUCUUGCAGUGGUGUUAAGGCAGACGAAGGGAAGACUCUAUCCUGAAGCUCUAUCCUAGCAAUGUUGAUGUGCUGAACUGAUCCUUCCUGUGCUGUGCUGAAGUAGGGCGAAGGAAAGAGAUCCACCGUUGACACUUUACCUUCCUCGUGUUGAUGUACUGAGUCGCAGCAUGGCAGGUGUGAGGCCGCCCCGAGCCAGGUCUGAGGACAAGGAGCAAGUCACGAAGAAGAAGCCCUUGGGACGUAAACUUAGCCUGGCCCUUGCCGGGGACAGGAAGAACAACGAGCCGGAGUAUGAGGAAGUGGGUCCCCCCAUCCACCUGAAGAAAGCCACAGAGAGCCGCGGGGAUGGCCAGCAGAACUGUGACCUGUGCGGCUCCAUGGUGGCCGCGGUGCGCUGCGACAAGUGCGGCAACCAGGCCUUUUGUCUCUCCUGCGACGAUAUGUACCACCGACACCCUCGCCGCAGCGCCCACGCCAGGAAGUCGGUGGACAGCAAGAGCACUCCGACGGGUGGGGUGAGGCCGCCCCUGCCGCCCAAGGGGGAGGUGCCGCCCCCCCAGCCUCCCCCCAGGAAAAACAAGCGCGCCGGCUUCCUCUCCAACGCGGGGUUCAUCAAGAAGGACCAGGCCUACGGUCGCCCUGGCACUGUCGCCUCUCGCUCUACCAGCAUGACCAACCUUCAGGACUUUCAAAUUGAACGCGUCGGGGAUGAAGGGGCGCUGUACACCCUACCGUUGCCUCUACAUCGGUCCACGACCGCCUCCUCCAGCGACGGUGGCGGCACGGGGCGAACCAUCAUGGGCAGCCUCAAGAGGAUCAUGGGGGCCCGGCCGCUGCCCCCCACGCCGGACCAUGGCAAAGGUGUGGCGAGCCCGAGUCAGGGGGAAGCGGCACCGACGAUGGGCAGACCCGUGACGGUGCGAGCCGCGACCAGCCCCAGCCUUCCCAACCUCAACGACCACAUCGAGGAGGAGCUGAGGUCAGGACUCCCUCAGUCGGUGGCAGACUUCAACACAGCGGUAACGUCCCACAACUCCGUCUCCUCGCCCACCACGCCCACCUCCGGCCACGCCCAGUACCCGCCCCUGCAGCCUAAGACGCCCCAGCCCCAGCCCCCCCAACCCACGUCCGCCACGCACACACACUCCCUGGGCAGAAAGUUUUCCCUGCAGCAGCUUCCCAUGAGCUUCGAGGACAAGAGGACGUCCAUGGUGGAGCCCACACCGGGCGGAAUUGGGUGGGAAGGAGAGGCAGCCAAACCUCCGCCCCGCAACCGUUCCCACAGCAUUUCCGACGACCAGUGGGCCCAGGUGAUAGCCGCCCAGCCCUGCACGGCAGCGCCCCCAGCCACCACCGAGGCCCCCUCAGGCCCCACGUGUCCCCCUGGCCACACGCCUGCAGACAUGUCCGCCUUUUCGGGGAUCACCCCACGACGCAACUACGCCGCCAUGCCCGGGGGGAGGAGUGGUAGUACCAACCUCGGGCGGGGCAUGGUGUCCUCCGCUUCCGUCUGUGACCUCAACACACUGAGUCAACAACAACACCCACCCCAGGCAUUCAAUGGCACUCACGGGGCCAACAGUUUCCAGCAACUCAACAUGAUGGGCUACGGCGGCGGCAUGGUGUGGGGCGCCCCCCCCUGCGAGGUGUGUCAGGCUGCUGCGGGCUACCCCGGCCACGCAAGCACGGGUGGCAUGAAGCGCACCGCGUCCAAUCUGUCCAUGAACCUGUCCUCCGUAGGGAGUGACAUGACGGGUUACCCGUGGGCUGCACCGCCGCCCCACGUCCACCACCACAUGCCCAUGUACCCGGGCUACCCUGGCUACCCCGGCUACCAUCCACACAUGGUCAUGCCCACGAUGGGGGCUCCAAUGGGACUUAACAUGUCGAUACCUGAUUCCAUGCACACCUUCACCAAGGUACCGUCAUCCCCGGCCCCUUCUGUCCGCUCCUCCUCUCACCGCUCUCACAAGUCCAGCAAAUCUCGUUCUUUCAGUGCAGCAGACCCCAGUGGCCGCCGCAGUCGUAAUCGUAAAUCCAAACGCUCGGAGGAGAGCGAGGAGAGUCGAUCUUCUUCCGGUAGUGAUGACGUCGAUGAAGUCAACGACCGAGAGAGCAACAACCUCGCCUGGCAGUGUGACCACUGUACGUUCAUCAACAACGGCGGGACGCGAACCUGCGGUAUGUGCUCAAAGACCGUGGGGAGCAACGGGCGCAGCAGUCGCCGAGGCAGCGAACGCCGCCGCUCAGACAGACGACGAGACCGACGAACUGAUCACGAGGAUGACGAUAGAAACGUGUCAGACUAUGACAACCAGGACGGCGGGGUGUUGAAAAGUAACCUAUCCUUCAGCAUAAAGGACAGCAAACGUGAGAGUCGCAACAAGGUGUCGGGCUCCAGCAAGGGCAAGAGUAAGAAAAAGUCUCGCCGAAGAGGCAGCUCGGCCUCUGACUCGGGCUCGAUGAGCGAGGGCGAGGAGGAGGAGCGGCUGGAGCGACACAUGCGUGACCUGAGGGUGUCUUCCUCCCGCCGGCGGGGCAGCGACUACGAUGGCGUCAACAACAAGGACAAAGACAAGAACAGAGACAGAGCCUCACGCAAGAAAGAAGGAAGUGUAGGCCGCUUCAAGAAUCGGGGUCGGAACCACUCGGAGCGAUCGAGGACGCCGGGCCGCCAGACGCCUCGACAUUCAAGCCCGACAGACGGCAGGAGGUCUUAUGAUGAUGGUUCCGACUCCAGCUACUCAGACGACGGCCGCCAGAUCCGCUACGGCAGCCACUCAGCUGACCAUGAGCACUCCGUAAGCACCGCUGACAGAACUCUGGUGGACACGCUCGCCUCUGAGGCCACUCUCAAAACAGAUAAGAAAUCAAAAUCCAGCAACAGCGAACAUAAGCCGAAGUCCAAAGGAUCAAAGGCUUCAAGCCCCGCAAGAAGCGUAGCAAAGGAGGAACAACCGCAGGAAGAUCCAGGCGUUGACAAUGAAGUCAAUGAAAAUAGGGAAAAAUCUCCAAGCCCCAAACUCGACUUGAGGCGAAGUAAGUCCCCGGUGCUGUCCCGAAGGACAUCUCGAGGCGAAGGCGACGACAGCUUUGCAAACACUUUAGAUGACGUGCCGACGAUGGGAACUAACGAGGUAGCUGAUCAGGAUCUUGGUAGUCAUUAUACUGAUGACCAGCCACAGGCCCCUGACAUACCCGUUGUCGAGUACAAUGAACCCGCAGCCCCGGCGGAGGAAUGCGUUGAGGAGCCUCAGACCAUCUUAUUCGAGGCACCGCCCGUUGCUGUACAAGUGAAAGAAGCUGAAGAGACUCAGAUCAAAGAGGAUAUUGAGCUGCAACCAGAGCCUGAAGUUAAUCCUCCGGACAUCCAGAUCGUUGCAGCAGAGCCAGUGUAUGAGCCGAGCUACGAGACGGUGGAGGACCCAACGAAACCUGUUGUAGCUGAAAAGGAUGAUGCCAAGGAAGAACCUGAAGAAUCUGAAGAACCUGUGGCCUCGCCAGAAGAGGUGGAAGAAGUAGACUACCAAGAGACUGUUCCGAAAGAACCUCCCGUUGCAGAAAAGGUCGAGGAGGCGCCCGUUGACGAGGUGCAGCAGGUGGUCAAGGUACUGCAGAGUAACUUACCUCUUGACACUCGAGUGGAGAUGGCACGAUCAGCUUCCUCAGGGUCGUCCAUGGGCUUCAACUCGCCACAGGACAGACAGUACACGCCGCUCAGCUUUUCCUCCUCCGACGCUCAGUUCUACUCCCCUCCAGAUUCGCCUGACCUCUCCCUCAGCGAGCAGCUCCAGGACAAUCCCCAGAAUGACCAAACGCAGAGCUUGCAUGCUGGAGAGGACGAUAGCUUGAUGACGGCGUGGGAAACUGUCCCGCAGGCGACUGAGGGCCUAAAGUUGUCCCAAGAAAGCAUUAUGUCAUCCAUAGAACAGCUGCCCCUCUCGGAGGAGGCAUCCGGCGGGGAGGGGGAAGAACACCCCGAGAGGUCUUCGUCAGUCGGCCCCUCAGCCUCGGCGGCGCCCCUCACGGAUGGCUACGAAACUCUAAGCUUCCAGGACGCACUAACCCCUUCAGACGCCGACGCGCUGCCGCCCUCCGCCUCGCAGCAGGCCGCGGCAGCUCCCACCACCGAGCCCGAUGACGUCACUCCGGACAGCGUCGACGCCCUGAUCAAUGAGGUGCCGCGGCCCUUCAGGUGGGGCGACGAGGAGGUGAACGAGAAGUACCUGACGGUGGAGGAGAUCAUCACGCGGCGGCGGCAGGAGGCCAUGCGGAAGCAGGGCCUCAAGCUGGUGCAGGUGCUCAGGGACGCGGAGGACUUGGGUUACCAGUCCGAGGACGUGUCCAUCGCCUUGACCCACUGCGGGGACAAGAACCCUCUGGAGUGGCUGAAGGAGAACUGGCGGCACAUGGUGGACACGGUGGCCACGCUCGCCACCAACUACGGCCAAGAGCGACAGGUCAACGACAUCGGCUUCAUCACGGCGACGGAGGCGAAGACGGCGCUCAGGGUCCACAAGGGCAACAUCUGGGCCGCCGUGACGGAGUGUGUGGAGCAGCGCCAGAAGAAGUUCAGUGAAAUCUACGCCCGAGGAAGGUUCCGGCGGGAGGACGUGGUAAGGGCGCUGGAGACCAAUGACGGAGACGCCGACGCUGCCUUCCUGGAGGUGAACAAGUCCCAGCUGCAGCCCUUCCUCAUGAAGAUCUGGAACCCCUUGCAAGCCACUAUGAAGAAGUCCCCGCCGUCACCUUCCCAGGCAAGCCCCGCCCCCUCUAAGCCAUCGACAGUAGUGAGUUCAGAGGCUCCCGUCCAGCUGGAGGCCUCUACGCCACCUAUGCCGGCCAGACCCGCCUCAGCACCGCCGCCAGCACAGGACGCAGGGCAGCAGGCUGGUCAAGCUUCUAAGGGAAUCCUUGGAGGCAGAAUCACUCCAACGUCAGAACUGGCAAGCAAGGUGCCAGGCAGGCUGUGGCACGGUCUGUGUUCCUUGUUUGACAGCUCCACCAAGAGGAGCGCGUCAGAGAGUCAAGAAGAUUUUACAAACAUAGAGAACAUCGAGUUUGCGGACACAAGUGACGAGGAUGACGUCUUUGAGAACACGUACGCCAACAUCGACCACCUCAAGCAGCCCGCCAAACCGGAACCAAUUUAUGCGACUGUGAAAAAGAGACCCAAGCAGAGCCCCAAAGUGGAGGACACAGAGAGAAACAUCACAGUGGAACAGAAGAAAAUAUCACCCCCACAGAGAAGAGCAAAAACCGCUGCAGCCUCCGUCGCCGCCUCCGCUGCCGUAGCCUCCAUCGUCAACGCAUCCGCCGCCACCGCCGCCACGGCAUCCGCCCCCACCGCCGCCACCGCAUCCCUCACCACCGCCUCCUCCUCAGGCGGCGUGAAGAAGCCCGCCCCGCAGGAAACUCCGCAGCUCCCCGCCGGCGACGUGGCGGCCCAGGACUCUGAGGAUGAAUCGACCAUUGAGGAGUUGCUGGACGGCCUAGGCGCCAACCCCUACUACGAGUAUUUCACGGCCGUCGGUGAGGAUGAUGAGACGGAGGAGUCGGGGGGGAGCUUGAGUGAGGAGAACGACGAGGUGGCUCACUUGACCCUGGAGGAGGAGGAGGAGGAAGAGGAGGAGAUGGAGGAGGAGGAGGAAGUGGAGGUGGAAGAAAGCUCGUCCGCGGAAGAGCUCCCCGCCUCUGACUCAGGAGAAUCCCAGAGAGAGGAGCAAGAGCAAGAGGAAAUGCCCGUGCAAGAGGAGGAAGGAGAGGAGGGGGAGGAGGAGGAAGAGGGGGAGGAGGAAGAGGAGGAGGAGGAGGAGGAGAAGGAAGAGGAGGUGGAAAAGAUUGACCUUCAAGCAGAGCCUCCAGCCACGCUCCUGUUCAUCAAAAAGGAAGACGUGGUGGUUCACCCCCUCAAGGCUUUCACUCUCUACGCUGAUCUCUCAGUUUCUGAAUACUCCGAGGAGCCUCGUAGCACAAACUUCCUCCACCCCAUCACGCCCUCCCCCAACUCCUCACCCACCUCUGUGCGUCCCACUCACGGUACCGCCAGGCCUCCGCCAGAGAGUUCAUCUCGUCCCUCCCACCCGCCACCGCCUCGAGCGGCUCAGACAGCCCCGCGGCAGCCACCAAGGAAAGACCCUGACUCUGUCCCUUCAGUGGCUCAGACACCCCCUCGGCAGCCACCAAAGAAAGACCCUGACUCUGUCCCUUCAGUGGCUCAGACACCCCCGCGGCAGCCACUAAAGAAACACCUCGACUCUGUCCCUUCAGUGACUCAGACACCUCCACCAAAGAAGGCCCUUGACCCUGUCCCUUCAACGGCCCAAGCGCCACAACGGCAGCCACCAAAGAAAGACGUCGACCCUGUCCCUUCAACGCCCCAAGCGCCACAACGGCAGCCACCAAAGAAGGCCGUCGACCCUGUCCCUUCUGUGACUCAAACGCCACAACAGCAGCCAUCAAAGAAGGUCCUCGACCCUGUCCCUUCAACGGCCCAAGCGCCACAACGGCAGCCACCAAAGAAGGUCCUCGACCCUGUCCCUUCAACGGCCCAAGCGCCACAACGGCAGCCACCAAAGAAGGCCCUUGACCCUGUCCCUUCAACGGCCCAAGCGCCACAACGGCAGCCACCAAAGAAAGACGUCGACCCUGUCCCUUCUGUGACUCAAACGCCACAACAGCACCCAUCAAAGAAGGUCCUCGACCCUGUUCCUCUGUUGGCCCAGUCGCCACCACGUCCACCCCCAAAGAAAGCCCCGAAGUACUCCAGCACCUUGCAUGUCAGUCUCUCCCCUCAUAAAAAAGUUUCCGAACACACCACAGACAAACACUCCAAUAUACAGCGUCCGCCACCCUCCCCGUCUGCUCCUGGUCACCAAGCCGUAGUGAAGCAUGAGGCAGACAGAGGGUUGUCUCCACUCAACACUCAAGACUCGCAUCUUCUCAGACCUGUCACACAUCCUCCAGACAUUAUGUCUGCUCCAAGCUCGGUGAAAAACUCUUCAGUGCUGGAAAAUGCCAAUGAGAGUGACGACGAGGAGUCUGUCAGCGUCACCACCGGACGACUCAGUCUGUCCCUCAGUGCCUCCAGCAUCAACGUUAAGUCGGAGGUCAUACAGACUGAACAAGUUGUGGCAGCCGACCAUGGACAGGGAGAGGCCCUGGAUGGAGCUAAGGAAGAAGAGGAUGGUGUUGAGAGACACAGCAACCUCGACCAGAGGAAGAUGCCGGUGGUGGUGGGUGGCGGGCGGCCCCCAGAUUCGGAAGAUGAGGAAUCUGUGGAGGCUGAGGAUGCUGAAGAGAGGGAGGAGGAGCAUGAGGAGGCUGAGGAACGUGAGGAACGGGAGGAACUUGAGGAAUUUGAGGAACUUGAGACUAAUGAGUCACUCGAAGAGCCAGAAGAACCAGAGGAGCCUGAAGAAGAGCCAGAGAUUCCCGAGGCGGAGCCACAGGAGGAGCCACAACAGCAGGCGUCGGAGAAAGAGCCGUUACCGGUGCCGGUGAUCGAGCCUGGGAUGGUCCAAACCCGCCCCGGCCCCGUCACGUUCCAAAAGGCGUCCGUCAUCGUGGGCAAGGCCAUCGCCAAGGCCAUGGCCCGAGAGAGCUCAGUCCGCGAGGUCCACAGCCGCUCCGAGACCCCCGAGCUGCAGGACGCCCCCAUGGCCACCCCGGAGUCCUCAGAUGAAGACGAGGAGGAGAUGCAAGUGAACGGCUCGGAUUCAGACGAUGAGGAUCAGCUCCACAUCCUCGACACCAUCCCCGAGGAAGAGGAGAUCAGUGAAAUGACCGAGUCUGGUAAAGUCAUCAUCCGGUCAGCUGCAAAAAGGGCUCCAAGCAAAGGCGACACGAGCACAUCGGCAGCUGCCCCGCCUCCUGCAGCCCCGCCCUCGCCCACGCCCUCGCCGGUGGCCUUGGCUCCUGCACAAGCCACAGGCAACGCUACAGCAGUCUCAGCACCCAAAACUCCUUCCCCUACCCCACCUGAACCUGAGGCCGCACAGGCGACGCCAAAAGUUGACACCACUGAAAAGGUUGUCACGAAAAUGAUCAAGAAAUCCCAGCCACCAAGCGGAGCAGUCGAGACAGUGUCACCGCCAGCAAAUGAAGAGAGUGUGACUCAGAAGACCGAGGUAGCGGACACUGUGACAGUGAGACGACGGAGGAGACCCAGCAGUGAGGAGGCCAAUGUAAGCACCCCCGCUGCGGUCCCCUCCACCUCCACCUCCACUCCCUCCUCCGCCAACACCAACCCGUCAUCACUGCGAAGGAGGAGGAGAAAGAAGUCCCUCCCCGAGUCCUCCGGGGAGUCUGAAGGCGAGGACAUCAUGGUCAAGGCAGAAAGGGUGAGCCAGAGGGAUCACCCACUGAUCCCGCACCUCUUGGUACAGAUUGAGGUUCUAAAGGCGCGCCCGAACAAGAAGGAGCCGGACUACCAGGAGAUGCGAGACUUGAAGCAGCAGAUACAGAUGAUGCGGCGCGAGCUGGAGUCACGCAUCGAGGACACCGACGACCGCCCGGAGACGCCGGAGACCCCCAUUGACCAAGAGCCGCCCGCGAAGUCCCCGCUCAUCCUUCUCCCCGGCGCCCAGGAGGAAGAGCCGCCCCCGAAGGAGUACGAGCAACUCAAAUUUGACCGGACGGUGCGGCGGCUGCUGGCGGAAGGCCGCGCAGGGUCGUACGAGAAGGCGGAGUUGGCGGCGCAGCUGCUGAACUUCAACUUCGACGAGUCGGACUCCGUGCAGGCGGCGGAGGAGUGUUCGUCCAUCUACACGGCCAUCCAGUUCCUGCAGCAAGAUUGUGAGCUGUGCGCGGAGAGGUACCCCAUGAGGAAGAUGGUGUCGAUGCUGCAAUGUACGCACCGCUGCUGCUCCGAGUGCGCCAGUACCUACUUCACCUUCCAGAUCAAGACCAAGAACAUCCGGGAGGUGCGCUGCCCCUUCUGCAACGAGCCGGACCUGGACGCCAACGAGGAGAUCGCCAACGAGUACCUCAACAACAUGGACAUCCUCCUCAAGAACAUCCUCGACUCGGAGACGCAUGACCUUUACCAGAGAAAGCUCAGGGACUGGACGCUCAUGAAGGACCCCAACUUCCGGUGGUGCAACAAGUGCUCGUCAGGCUUCAUCGCAAACCCGCGGGCCAGGAAGCUGAUCUGCCCGGACUGCAAGGACGUGACCUGCGCCUCCUGCCGUGCGUCCUGGGAGUCGACCCAUGAGGGCAUCUCGUGUGAGGCCUUCGCACGCUGGAAGGCCGACAACGACUUGGAGGUGUCGAUCCAGGGCGUGGCCAAACACCUGGCCGAGUGUGGCAUCACCUGCCCCUGCUGCAAGUUCACCUACUCCCUGGCCAAGGGCGGCUGCAUGCACUUCACCUGCACCCAGUGUAAAUACGAGUUCUGCUCAGGGUGCGGCCAACCAUUCCGCCAGGGAGCCAAGUGUCCGGUGGGGCCCUACUGCGAGCGUCUGGGUCUGCACGCGCACCACCCCAGGAACUGCCUCUUCUACCUCAGGGACAAGGAGCCGCACCAACUCCAGAACUUACUCAAGGAGGCCGGCGUGAGCUACGAUACCGACCCCCCCGGCGGCCAUCAAGAGCUAAAGGGCGGGCGUCCCUCGUGCCAGGUGCAGGAGCAGAAAGAGCUUCCUGACGGCCUGAAGGACGACAUCUGUGGGCGCAUUGUUCCUGCAGGAUACGCUGGACUCUGCAGAAGCCACUACCUUGACUAUUUGGGUCAGUUGUGUUAUAACUAUAAAAUAGACCCGCUGCCCAUUAUGGAUGAAGACGAUCUGAGAUAUGUGUUGCGUCGAGAAAACCUGACGAUGCCCAAACGGAGACUGCGAGAGCCCGACGAGUUCUUUAGACGGAGAAUGAUCAAGCUGAUCAAGGAACACCUGCCGCUGGAGACCUUGGACUGAGGCUGACGUGGCUGCGGCGAGACAAAGGGAAGUGAAGCAGCAAAGGCCUGAACGUCCGUCUGUGAUGUGUUCUGUUGACGGCAAUCCUUAGCGACUCCCAGGUAUUCCCCCAUGGAGCUAGAGCCUCAAACAGCCUCAGAGCCUCCCACACCCCGACCAGCAGCGAAUCCAAGCCACGCAUCAGUGAGGGAGGAAAUACCGUGAGAUAAUCCGGUGAAAGGCGAGCAAGAGGCCUCCAUCGCUCCCGUGGCUCUGUACUGUCUCAUCACUGCUUACGUUUGCCGUGGUUAAAAGGGUUGAAUUAAGUUAGUCUUUAAGGGGUUAUGAAAAUAUUUUAGUGAACAACAAAGGGAGGAGGCGGUGUCGUGAUCGCUAUGUAGGCGCUGCUUGUAUAUAUUAAGCAAUGCAGCAGAGUUUUGUUAAGGUGUAAAGGACAAUACAUGUUGACAUCGUUGAUUAACAGAUGCAGGUGUAAAGAUUUGCCAGUUUUGUGCAGAGUAAUGUAUUGAUGUGUAUCAUAAUGCCCAAGUAUUUUUGAGGCCAAGUUUUUUUAGGGUGUCAUUAUUCUGGCUGUGAUAUCGAGUCAGGCUUACGUAGAGACGUAUAAGGAAAGCAAAGGUAAAACUCCUCUCUAGAGUCGCGAGACAUUGUAGGUUUCACGAUAUAUAUAUUUUUUCUUUUCUUUUGCAUACCUUUUAGAAAGACAAUAAUUAUGCCAAUAUAUACAUCGCGUUUAUUUUGUACUGUGUCUCUCAGCAUCGCCUUGGAAUCUUUUCAAGUGAUCCAUCCAUUUUGCGCUCUAGCAGUCCUUACAUAUCCUAGGAACCUAUUGGCCUGCCACGGGCCUGCCACGGGCCUGCCUCACUUCACGAGCCCUGUGGCGUAGCUAAGAGAGGGAUGGGGGAACUAUAUCAAAAUGUUCGACAGGCCCACAGCGGAGGGGGACCCAAAACAGAUCUCGGGAUCUUUAUCACCCUUCUUGUGCCAUUCUUUCACCCUGCUGUCGUGGCGGCUGAGAGGUUCAGACACACUACUCAAACUCAUACGGAUGAAUAUUAUUCCUUUUGAAACACAACUGACUGUUUUGUUUUCCGUAAUGAAUUCUAACGGUGCUGACCUGACACGCGUACCCCCACUUUCUCUACCCACUGGUGUGUCAUAUCAUAUAAUACAAGUUGAAAAUAAAUUCUUCAUUAGACAUCAUUGAAAUUCAUCACAGCAGAUUUAGGGUUCUUUCAUUCGCACUACACAGCUUCUCGCAGCGCCUCGAGCUUACUCUACCCUUUUUAUCGCUCACAUGCUGCCAUUGCCGAGUAUACCGUCAAUCUAUCUUUUCGCAUCAACGGAUUUGCCAAACUGACCCAACUAUAACAUGUCAGCAUAUCAUCUGUUGCGUCACGGCCAGAGCUGGUUCUAGGUACAUGCAGUUCCCUCAAUCCAGGAAGACUGCUACCAGUGCAGGGUCCCCAAAAAUUCUAUUGCACUUAUAACAAUGAAUUUAUUUGACAAUGGGUUCUCCACCUGUGAAUUUUCUUCAUUAGCGUUAAACAACACUUUUACUGUGUCACGGAGCGACCUAUGGUGUGUUAGUACAGGAGGGGGCACACUGGGAGCCACAAAACACAGUCCCUCUCAGCGCCCUCAAACGACUCCCUAGAACCGGCACUGGCCACAGCCUCACCGAAUGUCCCAGUCCGCCGCCGCCUCUCCGCCACCACCAUAACCAUGGCCGGGAGUGCAAGAGACUGUAACUAUAAUCUUCGCAGUCGUAGCCAUCAUACGACGGGCACGCGUUUCAGAUUUUCAGUUUACAAUUGUUGAAAUAUUCAACAAAGCUGAGUGAAUCUUGCCAGUCAGACUGGAACACUCGGCAAUAAUUUGAUGCCAUGAAAUUAAUCGUCUCGGCCACGUCAGGGCUGCCGUGCUCCCCCGGGGCCUGGUGGUGGUGGCGGCGGCGAGAGGGUCCACCGAGGCGCGUGUCAGGACGGAGGUUGGCAACUUGAUCUUAUGAUUCUUUACCUCUCGUGUCCAUCCAAGCAUCAAUUCGACUUCAUAUCAAUUGCUGCUUUUUGUUCUCAUGAUUAUUUUUUAUAAAAUCACUCCAUCGAAGCAUAAUAAUUUUUAUUCCAUGCUAACUGCUGCUCUCUCCUGAGUUUUCUCUCCUUAAAUUUGCCUCGAGAAUUCCAGUAUGUUAUGUUUCCGCGUCUCGGGUGAGAAGCGCCAGCAGCAGCAGGCAACCCCAAGGCCUGUCUCCACCGCGGCAGUCAGCCACCCGCUCCGCUUUCCUGCUGCUUCCAUAGGUUUCCAUCUGUGAUUUCCUGGUCAUUUAUUUAUAUUCAGACUUGUGGAGUAAUAAAAAAGAAAUUCUUG